AUGACCUACACAGCAGAAACCAGGCCGGAUAUAGAAAAAAUAAAAAAGAUUCUUGGAAACAAGCGAAAUGAAAAUCCUUCCCAAAAUCACAGGGGAUUGGAAUCUGGAAAGGGUCUGGAGUUAGGGAAUGGGGUAGUUUUAAAACUGGAUCACAGUAAAAAAGGAAGAGACUUACCAUUGUUAGAAAGAGUGUUGGUGGAUUUUAGUAUUAGUGAUAGCAUGGGCGUGAGCAUUGGUAAAGUGAACGAUGACGGAGUUGCUAUGGAUUUUUAUUAUCAGAAUAAUGAUGGUUAUAAUAGGGAAGCUCGAAAGAAGAAGGGAAUGGACAGGUACAUCAUUCCUAUGGUACUUGGUUACAAGACAGCUUUGAUUGCAUCAAUUUUUCUCGGAUUAAUCAAGCUAAUGGCAAUAAAAGCUCUCAUUUUAGCUAAGGCAGCCUUAAUAUUGUCAUUAAUUGUAUUGAUUACUAAACUAAAAUCAAAUAAAGAACAAGAGCUUAUUGGUACUUAUUGGAGUGUACCUACUACAGGGUUUUCGGCAGGUGGCCAUCAACCAAUGCGAGCUGCUGCUCAAGCAAGUAAUGUGUAUCCUGAAGUAUUAUAUACUCCAACUGAUAAUAGCAAUGUAAUGAUGAAUCCUAUGUUCCCUCAUGGACCUGGAGUGCAAGCAGUUCAUAGUAUGCGCAGCUUACAAAGCUCAGAACAAAGUAGUGGUCAUAACUAAGUAUAAAACAAAUAACAUUAAACGAUUUAUACGAAAAA